UUUGUUCAUUUCUCAAAAUUUGCAAUUAAUGCUAGAUCAAUUUAUAUUUGCAGAUCGUUGGGUCAUCAUUUGUUUGUUGUGGAGCUGCGACGAGUUUAGUUUGAAAUUGUUGACAAAUUAAUGGGGGAAAUGAUAGUGCCCCGUUUGUAUUGUUGUUGUAAUUGUAGAAACCAAGUGUCACAUCACGAUGAUAUAAUUGCUAAAACCUUUCAGGGAAGAAAUGGCCGAGGUUUUCUGUUCUCCCAUGCAGUGAAUAUUGUGGUAGGUCCAAAAGAAGACAGGCAUCUCACGACUGGCCUCCACACUGUUGCUGAUGUUUAUUGUGGUGACUGCCAUGAAGUGUUGGGUUGGAAAUAUGAAAAAGCUUAUGAAGCAUCACAGAAGUACAAGGAAGGAAAAUUCAUACUUGAAAAAUCAAAAAUUGUAAAGGAAAACUGGUAGCAUUCCCUUAUAAUUCUCUUUAUUCCAUUCAUUCCAGUCUCGAUGUUUGUUCAUUCAUACUUUUAUAAUGUACAGGAGGGUCUUGUCUUACCUUUCUAAAAUUUGUCAUUGUCUCUUAAAUUUCCUUAUUAAUAUUACUUG